GCUAGCAGCCUCCACGGUCGCGUACCUCACCGCUGGAUACGCCCUCGGCGUGCGCGACGGGCACGACGACAACAUCAUGCUGCCGAAGACGGUCGACUCUUCCGCAUCGACUUCGGCUUCAUUUUCGGCCGCACGCCGACGAUAGACACCCCGCAGACGGUCAUUCC